UCACAAGUCAAUCACGUGACAAUCUCUUCCCAAAUCCCUUGUUGUUCCCUCCGCCCGAAAUCUCAACCGAAAAAUCUCUCAAAUCUCCAACACACCUUACUCUCUCUCUCUCUCUCUCUCUCUCUCUCUCCCUCCCUCUUUUCCUGCUAUCAACAAUGGCGGUCUCUCUCUCAAUCUCAAGACUCCUCACGGCUCCAGCAGCCACUCUAUGCCUCUCCACCACCGCAACCGCCUCUCUCUUCCCAUCCAAGACAUUCGCUUCUCGCCUCUCUUUCACUUCCCUCGCCCUGAAGAACCGCCACGUCCCAAAACCUGUCCGUUUCUCCACCGCCAAAUCAACCUCAACCAUCUCCGCCACCAUCUCUGUCGGUGACAAGCUCCCGGAAUCAACCUUGUCCUACCUAGACGCCGCCGGAGAAGUGCAGACCGUCACCGUCUCCGACCUCACCAAGGGCAAGAAAGCCGUACUCUUCGCCGUCCCCGGCGCUUUCACCCCGACCUGCUCGCAGAAACACCUUCCCGGAUUCGUGGAGAAGUCAGCGGAGCUCAAAUCCAAAGGCGUGGAGACCAUCGCCUGCAUUUCGGUAAACGACGCCUUCGUGAUGAAGGCUUGGAAGGAGGAUCUGAAGGUGAACGAUGAGGUUCUCUUGUUGUCUGAUGGGAAUGGGGAUUUCACUAGGGCAAUUGGUGCGGAGCUGGAUUUGAGCGACAAACCAGUUGGACUCGGAGUUAGGUCUAGGAGAUAUGCACUCUUAGCCGAAGACGGCGUCGUUAAGGUCCUCAAUUUGGAGGAAGGCGGCGCUUUCACCUUCAGCAGCGCCGACGAUAUCCUCAAAGCCCUUUGAGUUUAAUCUCUGCUCUUUCAAAGGUAUUUCUGUUUUUUAAUCUUAGAAUAAAUUUGAACGAGCAUGUUAGUGUACGGACGUUAUGAAGUUUCCGGUCAUGGAAAUAUGUUGAGCUUCUGGUUUCAGAUAACACUGUAAGAAACGUGGUUCGUAUUCGUUUUUUUCCACGAAAACAUAGAAGAAUGAGAUAUGGGUAUAACCGUACAAGGGUAUUCUUUCA